AUGAAGUUCAACACUGGACCAGUAGCAGCCGUCCUAUACGUAUUGUUUUUAGUGUCCUCGGCACGAGAUAUGAGGGGACAAUGGAACUGGAGUGUAUGCAGCUUACAAACAUGGUGUGCCAAUGAUGAAGAUUGUCGGAAUCAGCCAGAUUGUGUAGACAAAGCAUUUGACCAUUCUAAGUCAUUGAUUUUCUGCUCCGUGAGCGCGGUUCAUCCUUAUACUUGUUGGGCUUGGACGGGGCCUGAUGCUGCUAACGGAAAGGGCAAGGGCGAAAAUCCAAAGUAA